AUGUACAGACCAACAUCAAGGCAUGAGUGGCUGUUCUGUGGGGCAUUGCUCGCCCAAGCCAUUAUCAUCCUGGCGCUAGAAUUAUUUAUCAUCUCCGAAUGGCAGAUGUGGGUUCAUUCCAAUAUAACCCAAGUGACUAUAUCAUACGUCGUGCCAAUCAAUCUGGCCAUCUUCGUCUUCACUUGCGUGUACGAGCUUAUUCUAGCCAUUGACGCAGUACAUCACAAGAAUAACCUACUACUAUUCGCUGUCUGCGUCAGCAAUGUCUGCAUUCUCGCAUUCUCUGCGAUGCAGCCAACCGCCAUGAUAGAGAUUUCCCGAAGACUACCCAAUGAACGUGAUGCUGAACGGCAGCCCUUGGUAGAUAUCGAUGUCGACUUUUGGAAGCGAGUUGGCCCAGCUCAGAUCGCUUGUCCGAUUGUCUUUGGGAUAUGCUCUUUUAUCAUUUGGCCAUGUGCCUAUCGGCUGCAUAAAGAGUAUGCUUGGGCCAUUUACCGGAGUAUUCACGGUGAUCUGAGCAUUAAGACUCGCUUUUUAGCCUACGAGAUCUAUCUUGUUCUGAUCAAGCUCGACUUCUACUUCAUCACAGUUUUCGUGAUCCAAUAUGAUUUAAUCGACGUUCACUUUGAGGGGCCAGAGUUUGCCCUCACAUUGGCUCUUCUGCCUGCAUCUUUCCUCAUGAUGGUAUUAGCUGUCUGGUUCGUUCGCAAGGAGUGGAAGAUCGCAAUGAUACCGGUGAUUAUAUGCCACGCUGCUAUUAUUGCAUAUCUAAUCAGUCGAAUCGUUGUACUGUACGACGAUGGGCGCCGCGCGAAUACAGCAGACAAGGAUAUGAUGCUGUUAUUUGCAUUCGCGGCGUUGAUCCUCAUGGCAUUCACCCUGAUAUGCGCUGUUAUCUGCGUGUUCAAUUUCAAUCACGGAUUGAGAGAGGUUCUUGACGAGAAGAGCUACAAGCGAGAUACGCACUUUGAGGCUCUCUCCGGUUGGACUGAUCGAUCAUACUCGCCAGAGCAUCGACUCUCGCUCGAGUAG